AUGCGAUCCAUUGUGGUGGAGCCGAGACACACAACACCACAGGGCAUUCGUUCGUUGUGCUCCCUCGCGGCCCUCUUCUCCGGAGUGAUACCGCCGCUCAGGAAAUGCAGAAUCUCGUCUCGUAACGUCGGCGCCGAGAUUCAACUCGUCCAGGCAGUCAAUUCGUCACUCGUAAUGUCUGACAGCUUUGACACCAAUGUCUCGCAUUUUAUCCGACAUGCCUCUGGUCCAGGAGAGCAAAGCCUAAGACUCCUCGUGUUUUCUCAUCAGUUCAGCAACAUGGAGUCAUGGGCGAUUGGCUCCCGGGUCACGGUUCACAUACCUUUUGCAGAAAAGCAACACAAGCCACCCAACACAACCCAAUGGCACCCAUCCGACCCAAGGUGGCAGCCUCUGCACUGUCUGCAGAGCAGAGCCCAGAUGCUGGAUCUUGCCGAACAUCCAUCGUUCCGACCAUUCAUCGGCCUUUCCAUGCCCAUGUCUAUCCCAUCUUCAGGGACUGGCGGCUACCUGAUGACGUCGUGUACCUCCGGCUUCGACGACGAUGCCCGCAUCCCCCGCCAGGUUUAUGUCAACGGCCUUCAGUGCUUGAAAGAGCUUGUUGCCCCGACGCCCUUCCCGGCUUCGACAGUGAUGCCUCCAGGUCCCGACAUGCCGCCCACUGCCACCGCACAGCACCACGCCACACCCUCACACCCUCUAAGACUACGUACCAUUGUGAAGACCCUUCAAAAUGCCGUCAAUGAGCUGGUCCAACCAAUGCCGGGUUCAUCCCGUUUCCAUAAUUAG